UCCACAUUUCCUCGAUCUCUUUCUCUAUCAUAAUAAAUCUAACAAUGGAAAAAGAAGAAGACUACAAUCAGAAAGUACAGCAGCAAGAUGAAGAUGAUGAAGAAGAGGAAACGCUUUCAUUUUGCGAUCUUCCAAUUUACAGUAACAACACCGACGAUUAUUCUGUUUCCGUUUCAUCAUCGUCGUUAGACGAUGAUGAGAUGAACAUGUUUGAGUUUCUCAAUCGAGAUAUGAGUAUUGGAUCUAGCGAGAAAAGCAUUAUUUUCUGUGGAAAGAUCAUUACCUAUAAGGAAUCCGAACAAUUCAACGAAACAGAUGCCAGAGAAGAAUCGAAACCUAGCAAAGGAAGACGAUAUUGGAGCCUAUUUAGAGAAAAAUCAUCAAAAGAUAGAACUAGUACUUCAGUCUGGAAAUUACCGUCGUCGGUUGUAGUAUCUUCGAGGAGUACGCGAUCGAGAUCUAGAUCUAGAUGGAAUUUGAUUAUGUUUGGAUUGUUGAAGUUUCCGUCGUGGUCGUCGGGUGUGGAAAUGGAGCUGAGUGAUAUAAGGAACCGUCAGAAACGUCGGAAUCCGGCGAAGGCGGUGGCUGACGGUGAAGAGAAAAGGAAUUCAAGCGUUAAUGGAUUGUGGAGUUUGAUUCGAACUUUGAGUUGUAGCAGUGGCCUGGCCGUUUCCGCUGUAGUUCCGGGCACCGGUUUUCUCUAUUAACUUAUUUCGUAUGAGUUUUUGGCUAAUA